CGGGAUUAAACUGGGGUAAAGAUAUUUGAACGGUGGAGUUUAACUGAUUAAAACGUUAAGUGGCCAUUUUGCAUGAACUCAUGGACCUCCCUGACUUUAAGAGGAGGAACAAGAAGAAAAGGAGAUGCAGAGCGACGGAUAGCUUCAGCAGACGAUUUGAAGAUGUUUACAGACUCCAGGACGAGGUUUUGGGAGAAGGAGCGUACGCAGUCGUGCAGUCGUGUGUCCGUCUGAGCACGAGGACCGAGUAUGCAGUGAAGAUUAUCAAGAAGAGGCCGGGCCUGAGCAGAAGUCGUGUUUUUAGAGAGGUGGAGAUUCUCUAUCAGUGCCAAGGCCACAGGAACAUUCUGGAGCUGGUGGAGUUUUUUGAAGAAGAUGACAGAUUCUACUUGGUGUUCGAGAAGCUUAGAGGAGGUUCACUGUUGACUCACAUCCACAGAAGGCAGCGUUUUAGUGAACAGGAAGUCAGCGCUGUGGUGCAGGACAUCGCCAGCGCUUUACACUUCCUGCACAGUAAAGGAAUGGCACAUAGAGACCUGAAGCCAGAGAAUAUCCUCUGUGAGCACAGUGACAGGAUGUGUCCAGUGAAGAUCUGUGAUUUUGACCUGGGCAGUGGGAUGAAGCUGAGCAGCAACACUGACCUGAUCUCCAGUCCACAGCUACUCACACCGUGCGGCUCGGCCGAGUACAUGGCCCCCGAGGUGGUGGAGGUGUUCAACGAGGAGUUUGGAGUUUAUGAUAAACGCUGUGAUCUGUGGAGUCUCGGCGUUGUCCUCUACAUCCUGCUCAGUGGAUCUCCUCCGUUCACCGGUCACUGUGGGACCGGGUGUGGCUGGGAUCAGGGGGAACCGUGCCGCCAGUGCCAGAUCAUGCUAUUUGAGAACAUUCAGGAAGGAAAGUACGAGUUUCCUGAGAAGGACUGGGCUCACGUGUCUGCUGAAGCUAAAGAUCUUGUCUGCAAACUCUUAGUGCGUGACGCUAAACAGCGGCUCAGUGCGGAGCAGGUCCUCCAGCACCCGUGGGUACAGGGGCAUGCUCAAAACGCAUCCACACUACGUUCAGGGGGAUCCAGUGUCCAGGACCUCGCCACCUUUGCGGCUCAGGUGGUAGCUGUGAACCGUCAGCUGGUCCAGCAGGAAGUGAACGACAAGUCUGAGGAGAAGGACAGGAACUGCUUUGGGUUUGGUUCCUCCUUGUUCUGUUCUGCGUCUCCAAACUCGCUGCGUCUGUCGCGUCUGGCUCAGCGGCGCAGGGAGAGAAGCCGUCAUCUCCUCAGCCCUCUGCUCACGGUCGGAGGAGCCACCUAACAUCUCUGCAUUGAACAUCAGUGUGUUAAACAAGUCGACGGACCGAAUGCAUCACCGCUAAUAAUAGGAAAGAACAGAAAUCUCAUACUGCCCCGGAAGCAUGGACUUUGGAAGCCGGACUGAAGGAAUGUGCAAUAAUUAUGCUUUCUGAUUCAGUGAGCCUACACACACAUAUAUGCACACACUUGAAUGUUGAUCCCUCAGACAAAUAUCUGAUUGUUUUCUGGUUUAAUUAGGACACGUUAUUUAUUUCAUUUUUGUAAUAUUUCUUACAUUUUUUCCAUCUUUAACAUUUUUUUCCCUUUAGAUUAAUAUUCAGAAAAAGGAGAAAAGUGAUGUAAAUACAUCAGACCUACUACUGUGUUCUUUAUCAUCAGGAGGCAGGAAACUCAGAACUUCUGGAAUUUUAUUGACCCAAAGAGCACUAAACCUUUUUGCAUGUAAAUAUAUUUUUAUUUUUCGCAUGAUGAACGUUCUCAUUUUGGGUUGAGACUAUCUUUUUAAAUGUUUUAUAUUUUUAUAAUGUUUUUUUUUUUGUUAACUUUGUCAGUUUCACAGGCCUUUUUUUUAUUUAAUUGAGUUUUUCUGUCUCUUUUUGUCUGUUUCCAUUACUACAAUAUAUUUUUUAAAAAUUAAGCAGUUGAACAAACAGGAAUUUAUUUAUUUUUUCCACAUUUCCUAGUGUUUGUGUGAUAUAAAACCCAAAAGUUCACCCACAGUAUCACAGUAUCAUGAUGAUCAGUUGGUGUGAGAUGUUAAGAGACUAAACCUCUGAGAUGUGGACUUUUGUUUCAGUUUAUUUUUUCUUUCAUUUUUUUUUUUGUCAAGCAAACUGUUUUUUAGUUACUGAUGCUCCACACUGCUCCAUGAUAUGUUUUAUCAUUAUAGAAUUUCAUCCUUUGACAUUUUUAUGCAUUUAUACCAUAGUGAACAUGAUAACCAUGUAAAUAAGUCUUUGUAGUAAGGCUCUUGUUUAUUAAUGGCACUUAUAUGGUGUGUGUUCAUUUGUGGUAAUUUUUUUUAUUAUUUAUUUAUUUUGGGAGAGACUUUUUUUCCCUUUUGUUGAAUUUAUUUAAUUUUUUUCCAGUUUUAAAGAAUUGUACUUCAUGCU